AUGCGUCUCUCAAUCUUCCUCUCAGCCAGCACUCUCCUCCUCACUCACCUAACAGAAGCAUGCUAUUUCAACGUAUACUCCACGACCGUUGGUACCUUCAAAGCACAACAUUCCGAGCCCCUCGAUCACAAUGGCGCACCCCAGACCCUCACUGGAAAAUAUCGUACCUGUUCUUUCUCAGCCGAUCUUGCCGACGGAUGUAUUGUAACAGUCGAGACCAAUGUUGGGUGUGGGAAUUUGACUUUCGAGAGGAUUGGUACUAACUGAGCUUGUAUGUGAAUAGAAGGCUAGCGUAGUCGUGGAAAGUAGGGGUGUUAGUUGUAUACUCAUGGGUAGACGAGGCUGAGAUGAUGCUGCACUGUGAUACUGAGAUCAAGUUAGUAGACUACGGAGUCCGCAGGCGGUCAGGAGUAUUAGCUGGGCGGUGUGGAAUAAUUUCCCAAUGAUAUGGUAACUAGUUCAAUGUACCUGCAUGCGAAAGAAACUAGCUUCAACAUUUUCAAAUUCGAAUAAACCUCAUCGCAAACAAUGUGCUACUCAAUUUAGCAAGAACAAGAAACAAACCCAGUAAUCGUUAAUCUUGUUUCUUUGAAAAUGGAGCUAAAAAAAAAAAAGAAAAGCACUGCCCACUGCCCACUGCCCAGAAACCGUCAACAACGACGACUAU